GAAUGUUGUUUGGGUGUUGAAAUGUCCUAAAAGGGGAGAAGAGGAUCGAUCAUCAUGAAUGAAUAUAUCGAUCUACGUUCACCGUAAAUUGAAAUUAUGUCCCAUCCCCUUCGAUUGCUCUAUUUUGCAGAGCUAGCUACGGAAGCUAACGGUUAUGUUUUGACAGCUAUGCUUGUUUGUAUUACGAUAGAAGCUAACAGUGGCUAACUAGCUUACUAACCAGCUUUUUAACAGCUAGCUACACAAACAACAAGCCGAGUAACGUUACGUUAAUUCAGAAGAGCAACCGUUUCUUCAAGAUAACGUUAGUUCAUGUAAGUGUAGCUUUAAUGUAUCUACAAUUGAAAUACCUUUCAAAGUAACGUUAACCUUAAGUAAAGGUUUUAUGACAAUUUAGCUAACGCUAGUCACAUUUGCACAGCUGGCGUUACUGUUAGCGAGCUAGUUAACUGUCAUCAGCACUCUUAUCAAAACCACAGCAGCGAUAACGUUUUACUGAGUAAUGCUAAACAGGCUAGCCAUUUCUCAGUAGCAUUGAUAAAGCCGACUUAUUAUGGACUAGCCGAAUUGCUACGUGCUGUUUGCCCCGUGUAGCAUUAACUUCAGAGCGUAUUUCUAGAAAUUGAUAUAAAUAAUUGGUAAAAAAUUAACAAAUGUCCCCCUGGGGAUGAAUACAGUAUAUAUCUAUCAAUGCAUAUAACGUUAUAGCAUUCAUGCUAAAGCUUUAUCAGUAAUUGUACACAUUAACUACUUUGAUUUAAUUGUCUUCGAGUGUUGGCACAGCAUUGAAAAGACCUGUCAAUACAUUUGGGACUGAUACCAGUGGUCCCAGUCCUGUUUUGAAUUAUACUUAUGGGACUGUGCCUUUGUUUACAUCUGGAUCACAGGUUGUUCCUUUAAGUCAUGCGAAUGCUUAUUGCUUAUGGUAGCCUUAAGUUGUAUAGCUGAUUGAUUUGAAAUGGGAAUAUCUGGUGAACACAUUUAAAUGAGGUGAUGCUAAAAACCUGUAUAGCAGAGGUGGAGUGCCCCAGACCUUGAGGUUUAAGGCUUCCUGGCAGUUAAAGUGGGCAGUGCCACCUCCUACCACUGUACAUUAAUGCUAGCUAAGUGUUGGCUAAGUAAGACAGUAGUCCACCUAUGGCAGGAUGUCGUGUGCAUGUCAAUAAGCCUUAAAAGCAUCAACUCCAAUCAAUCUGCUUUAAAAGCAACGACUCCCAUCAAUGAGCUUUACCGUCGCUCUCCAUGAGCUUUUGUUGUCCGGAAGUUUUCCUGUAAGUGCUCAAAGUAGGCAAGGAUCUGUUGAUUUACAUUCUUUUAGAUGUGGGUGUGUUUCUAUAUUUUGGAAAGCUUCCAUUUAUGUUUAGCUACUUAUCUAGGUGACACACAUUCCUCCCCUUUUAACCUAUGUUGUGAAUAGAUAAGCAUUCUCAAUUGUGUUGACAUGUACUCUGUGGUGUCUCAGACCUGCUGUCUUGGUGUUCUCACUUGUGUUUGUCUCUGCCUAACCUACAGGUCAUGCAUGCAGCUGGGCCUCUAGCCUGCGCUUUGUACCAUCCCAGCCAUUGAGCCAGUGUCCUUCCAGUAGGUGGAGGCUCUUCCUCCCUCUAGCCUCUGUUUCUCCCCACUGCCCCCAUCAGCCCCAGAGUUCCCUAUGUUAACCCUCUUGAGCAUGUUUUACUAUAUCUGUCUGCGGCGACGCUCCAGGAGUGGGACUCGAGGUGAGGCUCUUACCAGUCGGAGGGCCGUUGAGUCCGGCCAGCGUGCGGUGUUACCGGUCAGUGUGGAGGUGGAGCAGUAUGCCAAGGAGGUUCUGGACUUUAGCUCUCACUAUGGCAGUGAGAAUAGCAUGUCCUACACCAUGUGGAACCUGGCCGGGGUACCCAAUGUCUACCCCAGCUCAGGGGACUUCACUCAGACGGCUGUAUUCAGAGCUUAUGGGACGUGGUGGGAACAAUGUGCCAGUGCUCCGCCACCUUUCCGUCGCACCCCGAAAGGCUUCCACAGCCAGGAUUAUAUUGAACUGGGUUUCGAGGAGCCUGUCUACCCUACAGCAGUGGAUGUGCUUGAGACUUAUUACCCUGGAACCAUUGUUCAGAUUCUGGCCUGCUCUCACAACCCCUUCUCCCAGAACCCACCAACUGAUGUCAGGUGGGAGGUGCUGUGGUCGGGGGAGCCCACCAAGGUGCUGACACCCCAGGCACGUCAGUUUUCCCCAAACAUCAAGCACAUCAACUUCCCCACCAACCUGCUGCGUCUGGAGGUCAACAGCUCUCUGCUGGACUACUACACCGAGCUGGACGCUGUAAUCCUGCGCGGGGUGAAAGAGAGGCCGAUGCUGGCCCUCUAUAAGAUGCCGAUCAUCGACAUAAAUGACCUGAGUGACAGCGAUGAGGAGCUGUCUGAUGUGGGGGGUCCAUUCAAGCAACAGAGGACAGGCAACGGCUACUUUGACAAACUGCCCUAUGAGCUCAUUCAGCUGAUACUGAGCCACCUGACCUUGCCAGACCUCUGCCGUCUGGCCCAGAGCUGUAAGCUGCUGCACCAGCACUGCUGCGACCCGCUGCAGUACACCCAGCUGAGUCUGCAGCCCUACUGGGGCCGGCUGAGUGACACCUCCUUGGGACACCUGCAGGGCCGCUGCACCCUCCUCCAGAGGCUCAACCUGUCCUGGACCGGCAACCGCGGAGCUCUCACCCUGACCGGCUUCAGCAGCUUCAUGAAGAGCUGUGGUCUCAGCCUCGGCUGCCUGGAGCUGUCAUGCUGCCACUUCCUGAACGAGGCCUGUCUGGAGGUCGUCUCUCAGACUUGUUCUGGGCUGCAGGAGCUCAACCUGUCGUCCUGCGACCGCCUCCACCCGCAGGCCUUCGCACACAUCUCGAAACUAACACGCCUCCGCAGGCUGGUGCUCUAUCGGACCAAGAUAGAGCAAACGGCGAUUCUGAGCAUCCUCACUUUCUGCAUAGAGCUGAAACACCUCAACCUAGGGAGCUGUGUGAGGAUUGAGGACUAUGAUGUUGUGGCCAGUAUGCUGGCUGCUCGCUGUCGCUCACUCAGCUCGCUGGACCUGUGGCGCUGCAGAAACCUGACUGAUCGAGGCCUGGCCGAGCUUGUCUCUGGCUGCAGGAUGCUGGAGGAGUUGGACCUGGGCUGGUGUCCCACGCUUCAGAGCAGCACAGGAUGUUUCCAGCACCUCGCCCGCAGCCUGCCACGCUUGCGCAAACUCUUCCUCACCGCCAACCGCACCGUCUGCGACUCAGACGUAGACGAGCUGGCGGCCAGCUGCCCCUCACUGCAGCACCUCGACAUACUGGGUACGCGGUUGGUGAGUGCUGCCUCACUGAAGAAACUCCUCCAGUCCUGUCCACGACUUCUGCUCCUGGACGUCUCCUUCUGUUCGCAGAUAGACAUGCGGGUCGUCCAAGAGCUCUCCGGCCUCUUCCCCAAUGUGGCCAUCAAGAAGAGCUUCACUCAGUGACCCGAGCGUUGUCUCAGUCCGGAUGAAGUAAGAGAGAAUUACUCGCCCGCAGACACUGCCCCAAAGUGAAUAAGCGGCAGGUCAGAUGUUGGAGGAGAUAGCUGGCCCGCCUCUGUAUCACAGACAUCUUCUUUUAGCGGUCUUACAGACCGCAGCAGUUGAAGCGGGUGAGGAGGUUAUCUGGAUUAACUGGCUGAACACAAACAAUUACAGACUUCCAGUCACAGGAUUAUACAAUGUGAGACUUUUUUGUUAUUCUUUUUUUUUUUUUUUUUUUUGGACACUUGAAAUCAGGGUUGUUGCAGUAAAACUGCUUCAUCUUCCCAGAAUUGGAAUCCCCACUUAUGUAUUGCCAAGCAACACUAGGCUAGGGAAUAAGCCACUGGAUGCAAAAACCGAAAACGUUUGUGAGCACUCCUCCCUUGAUCAUCUUAUUAGGACAACAAGAAGGGUGUGAAACACGCCCUUAUUGGAAAAAGUUUGAAAAGCAGCAGUAGGUUUUGUGUCAGCUGGUAUUGUGAUUAAAGAUCAGGGCCUUGGCCAGUGCCUUCUCAGAAUGUGCAGCAAUCAUGCUGGCUGUUUUAAUGCAUGGGGGGUCAUUCUGAAGGCAUCUGCCAACAUCAAGCCAGUUUGAUUUGAUUAUAAGAGAUCAUACUUGAUGCUGAUGUGUUAAAGGUGAAGGCAAAGCCUUAUUUCACACAGGGAACUGUGCGGACUCAACUCAAAACUUAGAGCAAAUAUCACAAGUUAUUUGUUGCUGCAAACUGACUGAAGAAUCAUACAUGUUGAACCUGAGAUUCCUUGAUCACGAGUUCUCAUACGUAUGUGAGAACUUGUGAAAAGCAUUUGUUUUAAUUUGCACAUGUGCUAGGAAUAACAUAAGUAGUAAAAACACCCAAGGCAUAACAUCAGCACAGGACUGGCUGAUACAUUUGAAAUGCAAACUCUGAGAAGUUGAACAGCUUGACAGUCUGAAACCCAAAGAUAUAAAAUAAUAAAUGAUAUAAAAGCGAGAAAAGAAGCAAAAUGACUAUUUUCUAAAUUAUCCCAAGUGUGCGCAUAAUUGUCGAUUGACUAAUCAAUUAAUCGACUAAUCGUUUCAGGUCUAAUUGUUAAUGUCAACCAGAUGAUGCAACAAAGUCAUUAAUAAAUCUUGUGAUUGCACAAUAUGAGGACUUCUCCAACCACGAUAUAUGUGUUGUAUACAGUAUAUAUCUAUAUAUAUAUAUCUAUAUAUAUAUAUAUAUAGAGAUAGAUAUAGAUAUAUAUAAAUUAGGAAUGACUUUAAUUUAGGUCGCGGCAUGGUAAGAGCCUCCCUUAUUGAACAAAUGAUGCAAGACCUCCGUUAAACUUAACUUUCGACUUUUGUUGAAUUAAAUCUGUGGAGAAAGUCUCCAGAUCUUAAUUAAGUAGCUGGUCCGGCUCAAUUUCUGUUUAAAUCUGCCCUUUGAACCUAACAGGGUGUUUAGAAGUGCCUUUCACACAGGACGUGGUUUGCACUGCGCUCUGCACCGGGUUCAGCGCACAUUGCGGCGCGAUGUGCUGCGCCCACGCUUUGCUCGACAUUGGACAUAAUGGGUUUCAGAGCGCAGUGGUGUUCUGUGUGAAAGGCCCUUUAUUGUUUCGUUGGUUAUGAAAGAAUCUUUUCAACAAUGAACUCUGGCCAAGUAAGGACAAAAAAAAAUACAAAAUCAGGUCCGGUUUUUAGGUUGGCCAAGAAGAUAAUUGAAUUGCUAAUUGUGUUUGCUUAGCUUAGGUCAUACCGAGCAUUCUUUUGGUUAGGUAUUCUUUGGGCUGUGUCAUUUUAAGGGGAUAAUGAGUGAGUUUUGGCUCCAAAGAUGAAUAGUUAUGUUUGAAAGUCACCGGUUUCACAACGCUUUCCUGAUGAUGCAUGCUUUUCCUGUUGUCUUUCACACUGAGCUGUCUGUCACUGGCGUUUGACUACAGCCACCUCCUUAUGUAUUUACCUACCAACACCAAGCUUCACCGAUGUGAAGGAGUGCUGUGGAUUCAGUGGGGGAUAGUAUGUGCAAACACUCUAUGUGACCUCAGUAUUAGUCCUGAAACUCAGGGGUUUUAAUAUUUCAUCUGGUUUUAGUUUUUUUUUUUUACAUGUAUUUAGUUCCAGAAACCAGCAGAAGAUCUUUACAGUCCGUAACGCCAGACUGAGUGAGCUGUGAGGUUGUCUGUAGUCAGUGUUGCUCUUAAACAACAAACACACAUAGCACAGAUGUAACUGAGACAAAUGUUAGAGAUUAUUGUGGAAUGUUGCUGUAAUUGUAUGAUUGUGAUUAUUUAAUUUGUGUAACAUAUGAAGCCACAAUAGCCACGUGGCAGAAGUGCUUGAAAUGCAUUUAUUUUUUCUUUUCUUCUUUUCUUUGACGCACAUGCUCCUGGUCAAUAUUUGUGCCUUAUGCUCCUGUGUGAAUGUGGUGUGAUGUCCAUGUGCUGUAGGUUGUAGUGAAGUGCUUCGCUUUUAUGGCCUUCAACCAAAGUAGUGCGCAGACACCUGCUCUUUAAUCCCACCACUAUAUUUGACCACUUUAAAUGCCAUAUACUGUAUAUCCGCCAUGGUAAGUAUUAUGCAAAAUUAUAUUUAUUUAUACCUCUCUGUGUGAUGUAUAAUGUUAUUUAAACUAUAUUACGUUAUCCUUAUAUACAUAAACAGUACUACACAUUUUGGGAAAUACUGUUUUUGUUUUUUUGACCCAUAUUAAGAGGAAUAUAUCAAUAUAAUCUGACAUCAUUCAGUACGUGUCCAGCCUAGCUGACCACAAAGACUGGAAAUGGGGAAGCUGUUCGCUUAACUGGAGAGAAAACACGUUUCCCAACAAGAACAAAGUUCUCUUAUAUGUUGAUUGUUGAACACAUGCCAAAAAAAAAAUGCAAUUUGUUAAAAAGCUUUUAAUUCAUCCAGCAUCGCAGAAGUUGGGAGAAGUAGAAGAAGUUAAUAUUGGCCAAACAGGUUGUGAACACAGAACACUGCAGUGAACGAAACACACGGUUUGUGACGAUAGAAUCGGAAGCUGUUGGAAGCAUAUUUGUUUUCAUUUGAGACCGUGCAGUUCAGCUACUGCUGAUGACACCGAGGUCAAGUCCUGUUGGUAUGUUAAAGGGGGGGGGGGACUUGGCCUUCUAUCAGUAGAGUCAAAUUACGUAAAGUGGGUUUUCAAAUGCUGAUUCUGAUAUUUUUGAGUGUAAAUCUUUAGAUGUCUGCUUUUAGACAAAAAAAAAAAGUCAGUUUUGUGUUUCCCAGCAGAAUGUUGGAGGAAGUUGAACUCAUGUAUCGAUGUAUUUCUAAAAUACCGGCUACGGUCUUGAUGCUAUCAGUCUUCCUGCUUCCAGUCGUUGUGCUAACCGAGGCUAAACAUGCCCCAGAUCGAUGACUGUGCUGGGUGCAAAAUAUUUAUCAGCCUUCUAAUCGGAUUAUUAUGGGUUUGAUGGGAAACCCCAAAAUGCUGGACUGGCCCAUUAAAAUUACAUUUAUGUUUAAAUUGAUUUAUUUUCAGUCUUGAGUUAUGUUUUAAACAGCAAUACCAGCCCCCCCCCCCCCCUUUUUGUUGUGAAGGCCACAUGUUUGAAUGGACGGUCACUGUCUGCAGCUUGGUUCAACACCUCCCAAUAUCCGUCUUGCUUUAGCUCCCGACGUCGAGCGAGUGGGAUGGCUCCGCUUCUCUGUUAUGAAUCUGCAUUCUUUCCUCUUCCCGCCCCGGAUGUGAGCUCAACCUUUGUGCCAUUGGUAGGACAUGCAAAUGUGCUCCCUGUGCUGCAGUAUGAAAGCCACUGCUCUGUGAAAAGAUUGUGCCUCUGUCAUGAUGAAACUGGGUGCUUCACUUUCACUAGAUUUUAAAUAAACUGAAUGCUGAUGACUGAA